AUGGCUGCAACGCUCGCAGAACUCAAGACAUACGACCUCAAGGAGACCAUUGACCAAGAGGACCUGUCCGUCACGAUCAAGGACAAGGCCCAGCUCUCCCCUCCUUCCGCGAAUGCAGUCGCAUGCACCAUUCUCCAGCUACACUCAGCCUCCGACGCUCAGGCACCCCUUCGCCUCUUCGUCCCCCACCGCCUCCUCCUCAUCGCGCCUCCUCCGCAAACCAAUCAGUCAUCCUCCCUCCCCGACGAAACUACGCAAAGCUACCUCUACUCGCUCGCAAAGCAAGCGGAAGAGGCCGCGGUCUCGCAGUCCUGUAGCAGCAUUCUCGCGGGCCUAGGCAGCGAGAGUGACGACUUCGGGGACGUCGCCGUCUGGCUCGGGCAGGGCGAGUACGGCCGAGGGCAUGAAGCGGACGCGCUCAAGCGCCUCGGCUUCGAGCAGUGGGCUACGCAUGGCCAGAUCAGCGUACUUCCUCCAAGCUCGGUGCUCGCCAAUUUCAAGCAACCAACACCGCAGUUGGCGAAGCUGGCUGAGGACAUCGCGUGGCUGACCGAUGCGCAUUUCUUCCGACUGCAGGUACCCGGCAUGUCCGGUGGUGUUGUUGUCUUCUUCUAUCUUGGGCAGCUUGCGGUACACGGCAAGCCCGCUGGCUGGGGUGGCUUACAUCGCACCGAAUACGCAAAUCUCAUGCCGCAUGCAGUUACGCCUGGUCAGCAGCGAGCCACCAUGAUGUGCUUUAGCUCGAGUCAACAUGGCCGGUCGAACAGUACUAGUUCGAGUCGCAAUGAAGGCGGCAACACGUUGAUGCCAUGUGUGAAACGGGCAGGCGUCGAGACCGGGCGGUGUGGCUCGGACGAAUGGUCACACUACGGCGUCACCACCACAUUCCGUAUCACAAACCUGGAUGAGCGCGACCCGAACCAUCGAGUGACGGAUGGUUGCGGCUUUGGCUGGCGCUUCACAUACGUGCUCACCACGCAGAACACCGGCGCUCCUGGAACCUCCAAUGCCAAUCCUGAUCAAUCAACACAACGGCAACUCCUUUCGAUCGGCUUCGAUCCUUACUUGUUGGUCAGAGCUUCUGUAGGGAUUGUGGACAUCGUCGCCCGCUCCUCGCAAUCGCUGAUGCGCGAUACCUCCAAAACUCUCGCCUCACUGAACGGGAACUCGGUGUCUGUGCGUGAUGACCGCGGCAACGCAUUGCAAAGCGCGACCUGCCCUGUCUGCGACUUCGUCUACCGCGACAUCCGGGAUCUGAAGGCGGACACCAUCACCAUCAGCGUGGCAUUCCAAUCGCCUAGCAUUCGCAUGCCUGCUCUUCCGCCGGUGUCUCCAGCGGCUGCGAAGUUCACACAAAGGGUCUACGACACUAUCCUCACCGGUGCCGAAGUUAACGAUGUCGAGUUCAUCCUCCCCUCCCGCAAAAGCCUCGAUCGGGUGACGGCGUACGGGGCGGUAUACGGCAAUCGAGAAGUGCUACAUGGCAUGUCGUCCUACUUAGAUACGCUGCUUUUUGACGAUCACUUCUCCGAGGCGUCGCCACAAGAAUUCGGCCUUUACAAAGCGCCGACUACUUCACAAGUCCUCGAUUACGAGUCCGACAGCGAUCUGGAGGAAGAGAACGAGGACGAGGCGAAAUCCGCGGCACAGGGGAAGACUGCUCGAAGUACUCACGGCGAAGGCGAAGCGCAGGGCAAUGAUGAGGAGCGAUCCAGCAGCCCUACCGGAAUUGUGGCCCUAUCGGACGCUUUCGACGACCCACAAAAGCUCAAUCACGUUGCCAAAGUCGAGCGAAAGAAAGGGAGAGUGGUUCACGUAGACGGCUUCGCGUACCACACCUGGAAGGCUCUCAUAUUCUAUGUCUACACCGGAAAGAUCGACUUCCGCCCCCUGAAAUCUACGACUGCGUUUCAGACGAGCUCGCAGACCGAGGUCUCGCCAGCGGCGUGCUCCCCGAAGUCGAUGUAUCGCAUUGCCCACAUGCUAGAAAUACCUGAGCUACAGACGCUCUGUCUGAGGAACAUCGAAGCACAAUUGAGCUCAGAGAACAUCGUGCAAGAGGCGUUCUCGGCGUUUACCUCUUGGUACCCAGACGUCAAGGAAAUGGAAAUCCUGACAUUGAAGAAAUACUAUAAUGAGUGCGCAGAGGAGAGGAAGGCGAUCCUCGGGAGGGUUGUGAAAGGCGAGCUGCCGCAUUGUGAGGAUAUCGUGGAGGCCAUGAUGAAUUUUACGAAGUAG